GACACUCAUUCGUAGUCUAGCUUUUUACCGGAAUAUACAAACAUGUCGCAGCAAUUGGAACAGAAAACGCAAUCCCUGCUGGAAAUACCAAUCAGUGAAUGGACAUUUUUAUGUGAUCUUUACGCUGAUAGAAAGUGCGAAACUAUGAGUUAUAGUUUAAUCAGUCACUUUUUAAAAUGGGUGCAGUUCGAGCCCAAUUUAGACAUAAAAUGCUUAUCUCUAGACGAAAGCUGGCGCAAGGAUGGCACUUUUUUGAUAAUUGGCGCCCUCGGGAAUAAACAAAAGGACGUGUACUUUGAUACUUUAAGCGACAAUAUGGACCGCUUGUCCCAGUUACUGGAGUGCUUUACAAUAGAUCCUAAAGACAUUAUGCUCUUUGGAUAUAGUAAACGCGUAGUCCCUGCAGCUGAAAGGUACAUAAGAAAGUUCCCUAACACACCUUUUACUACCAUAGCGACUGUUCUAUAUAGAGCUAGUCCGGAUAUAAUAGCUGGAUUUAGCACAGACCCACCUGCUGGUCUUGAGCUGCGUCGCUUAGCAAUUGAGGAUGCUGAAACCGUCAAUGCGCUUUGGCCACAUCGAACUGAGGGUUCUGUAAAUUUUGUCAAGCGUCUAAUAACUCACCAUCUUUCUGUAGGUGCUUACGAUGCAAAUGGUCGAAUGGUUUCCUGGUGCUUAAGGGAGCCAAUAGGUCGUGUAGGCAUGUUGCAAGUGCAGGAAUCCCAGAAGCGUCUCGGCUUGGGCAGCCUAAUGGUGCGCUAUAUAUCAAAGAAGAUAAUGGAGCAGGGAGAAGAGGUGCUUGCAGCAGUUGUUCUAGAGAAUGUGGCUUCGAGUAAAAUGUUUGAGAAACUCGGUUUUAAACAGAUUGAUAAUGUCUAUUGGACCUACUACUAAAUAAAUUUACAAGUAGGCCGAGCCUUUAUUAAUGCUAAAUCUUUUUGUCAGCGUUAGUUUUAACAUUGAACUCGAGCUGACUGGUUUGCUUUUAUAAAAGAUCCCAAACAAAAUUCAUCGGUUUGAGAAAAUCUCCUUGGUUGACCAGUGUGCUCAACAUGUGCUGCCAAAGCCGUUACUAUCGCGAUACGCCCUGUGUGCAGUGCUGCUUAGUCGACUGCAGUUAUUGUUGCUAUCGCACCGCCUGCUGUGGUCCAUGCGGACCCUGUCAUACAGCUGCUCCUGGCUGCUGCGGUGGUGCCUGUGGUGAUUUAAAUUACAAAUACUCCUUUUUUGGGCUACAUUUGCUUUAGUUUUCGAUGGAGCCUACCACAACUGGAAACACUGAUGUCAACCAAGUGCAAAGAGGGUCAAUAGAGCUACCCAAAAAACGAAGAUACUGCCUAAAUUAAUAUGAAGAAAUUAUAACAAUACUUACUGAAGUUCAAUUCGUUACUUAGCGGAUUACUUGUAGCUCUUUUUGAAUAAAACCAAUAUAGUGACUUUUAUUAAAAACAAAA